AUGAAUUGGUUUUGUAUUGUGUUUUUGGUAUCCAGUUUUUCUUUUAUUUCCCCACAAUAUGAGUUUCCAAAAAGCAGCAGACGAAGGCGUGACGCUGUAGGCUCUCUUGAUAUUGUCACGAAUAAUGUUCAACCAAUCCACGCUGAUGUUAAAAACGACGGAUUCUCUGAAAAGGUACUGCCUCCAAGAGAAACAUACUACCAAUCACUUCGUAAGUCCUUUCCCCUAACCACUACUCUGGAUCUAGUGAGAGCAAUCAGUCGAUUAUUUACCUUUAUCGUACUUGGCACAAGCGCAGCCAUCGAAUUGUAUCCAGUACUUCAGAGCUUGUAUGAGACUGUGUAUGAUUUGAUUAAUUAUAAUAAAUUUUGA